AGUGUGACGUCAGUUCCGGUGUGUGUGGUGUUCCGGUGAGAGUGUGAGAGGAGUAAUAUCUCGGGCUGUAGUGCAGUGUGUGUGUUUGUGAGUGUGAGAGAGUGUGAGAGAUGAUGAGCAGUAACAGCAUGUCGGAUCCGCGGAGACACAACAAGAUCUUCCGCUACAAGCCCCCCAGCACUGAAUCUAAUCCUACUCUGGAAGAUCCGACUCCCGAUUACAUGAAUCUCCUGGGUAUGAUCUUCAGUAUGUGUGGACUCAUGCUCAAGUUGAAGUGGUGUGCGUGGAUCGCUGUGUACUGCUCCUUCAUCAGUUUUGCAAACUCGCGCAGCUCAGAGGACACCAAACAGAUGAUGAGCAGCUUCAUGCUCUCUAUAUCAGCGGUGGUGAUGUCAUACCUGCAGAACCCUCAGCCCAUGUCACCUCCAUGGUAACCAAGGUCAUGACCUCCAGAGGGUCUUGAGGUCCAAAAAGGUCCUGUUUUUGAUCCAACAAGCUCCUCCCACUCUUCUGAUUGGCUGAGAGCUGAUCUCACUGUAGCCGAUUGUAUAGGUGUGUGUGUGUGUGUGUGUGUGUGUGUGUGUGUGUGUGUGUGUGUGUGUGUGUGUGUGUGUGUGU